GGUGACCAGUGCUAGGGUUUCUCUUCACGUCCCACUGUCACUCGGGUCUGCCGUGUGGGGACCUUGCUGAGUCUUCCUCAGUCUGGGGGCGGCUGUCUCCCUUUCCAUGGGGGGGUGGCCCAGCGGCAGUCGGCUGCUUCCCUCAGUGGCACGGGCGUCCGUGGAUGGAGCGGUGCCUCCCGUUUCUGUGCGAGGACUUUUCCCAAAGGGGGUUUCAGGUGGAAGUCUUAAUAAAAUUUUACCAAUGAGAAAAAUGAAAUUUUGAGUCAAUCUGUGUUUUGUCACGUGCAUGUAGAAAAUUUCACAAGUCUUGGUGUGUGUAAAGAAUAAUGCAGGCAAAGGUAUGAGGAGGAAGUCCAGUCCCCGGACCCCAGGGACCUCCGGCAGGAGGACCUGGGAGACAGCCCGUCCCCCUCCCCUUGCGCAGUUUUCUCCCCGUGAAUCAUGCCACACCCACCUCACCCAGGCUCGCAUGGUCGAAGGGUGUGCUGGGCCAUCGGAGAAACGAGGUCCUCUUUCGGGCACUUCUCUGCAUUCUGGGGACCCCUCGUGGGCAUGGCCAUCGUGCGUCCCAGCUGCUCCAUGAGGCUCCUGGGGUGGGUGUGCCUCAGCUGAGCGAGCUGCCCCCUGGUGAGAAUUUGCUUGUUUCCAGGUUUUUUUGUUCUGCCGACACGACUGUAAUAAAUCUUCAUGGUCCAUCUUGACCGCCCCGGGCUUUUAUUUUGUGGCCUACGUUCCCGGAUCGCUGUAUUUUAAUCUGUGUCUGAUAGUUUUCCCCCGAAGUGAGGUGGUUCAUGUAUUUUUAACUUUAAUUUUGAAGUACUUGUAGAUUCUAGAAAACUUAGAAACUUUCAAAAAUAGUACGAAAAUCACUCCAGGAGUGGUGCAGGACAUACACGAGAUGAGCCCGGAGCAUCCUGUGGUGCCCAGAUGCGAGGACCUGCUAACCAAACCUCCCCCUCGCCCAUGGGCGUGCGAACCGCAGGAGCUGGGGUGGGGGGGACGAGCUCCCGGCGGCAGCGCCGAGAGCAGUUUGAGCAGCAGAGAACUAGUCUUGGUUACACCCGAAGUGUAGAAUGAGUGAGGCCAUACUGAUGGAAGUGACAAACAUACGGUGAGAAGACACCUGUGCAGAACUGCAGAGCUUUCCUGUGGAUUUCCGCCCUCACGGAGGGGAGCAGACCCCCCACGCCUUAGGUGUGGGCUGCAAAGUGACUUCCUUCCGAAAGUGACUUCCGUGCAGUGUGGCCGGCGGGGAGGCAGCUUUCCCGUGGGGAAGCCCGGCACGCGCCGCUGAGCCGUGGUCAGGCCGCGCCGCGCCGCUGCGUCCUGUGGGCGGCAGGCGCCCUGCUAGGAUGCGGUGAGAACCGGGCCCCACCUCUGUCUUCCUGCCUGAAUGCGCACCCCAGUCCAAUCCGGAGAAACACCGCUAGUUCUCAGAACUGGCCAGGGGGCUCCAAACAAGGCAAGCCCGAGAAACCGUCACCGCCGAGAAGGCUUGAGGAGACCUGCAGAGCGAGUGUAACGUGGGGUCCCGGCACAGAGACAGGCGUUAGGCAGGAAGUCGAGGGAGCUGAAAAAAGCAGGGACUUGAAUAACGUAUCCCUGUGGGUUCGUUAAAUUGUGACACAUGUACCACUGUCGUGUGAGAUGUUAGCAGGAGAAAUGGGGUGGGGUAUCAGUCUAUGUGAAUUUUUUAUUUAAGAAAAAUACAAGGAAUUCUCAUCCACGCUUCACGCAGGUUCCUCGGGACGUAUUACAUUUCCUUUAGUCCCUCCCUCUCUCGUCCAUGUUGACAUGUCACAUUGUCCUACAAUGAGAACAUUCGCUCUCGUAACUGCAGUCCAAGCCUCGAGGUCAGGAGGUCAGCAUUGACACAGCGCUCUUCCUCUCGACCCUCACAGACUUUGCUAAUGGUCGCAUGAAAGCCCUUGUAGAUGAAAGAAAGGAAAAACUCCUGCCUGGUGACCGGUCCAGGCGCGCAGGUUCGAAGCUCCCAGGGCACUUUAUUUUGCAGAAUGUCCCUCAGGGUUGGCUCCCUGAUGUCUGCUCGUGGUUCUGUCGCAGCCAUUGGCAGGAAUGCCCAGCCACGGCGUGCCCCUCCCACUGCAUCCUCUCCAGAGGCACAGGAGACCAUCUGUCCCACUCCUGGGGCUGACUCUGACCCCUUGGUUAAGGUGGCGUCUGUCAGGUUCCUCCACUGGAAAGUCACUACUGUCCCUGUGUAGUGAGUGAGCAUCUCGAGUGGAGAUACUGAGAAUGUAAAUAUCUGCGUUCUCCUCCAGCAUUCAGGCAAAGGGAACAGCAAGCAUAAAGGUCCUGAGGCAGGCAGCUGUCUGAGGUGUUCUGGGAACAUAAAGAGGACAGCGUGUCUCGAGUAAGGGAGGAGAAGAGUGGAAGGAAAUGAGGUUAGAGGGGUGACAAUGGGCCAAAGGGACUUUGUGGCCAAGAUAAGGGGUUUAGGGUUUAUUUUAAGUAUGACAGGAAGCCAUUGGCAGCAUCUCACACUCCUCUCUGCUCACUUUUUCAGCCUCGAUGACCUCUGAACGCAUGAGGAGAGCAAGCUCUUUCCUGCCUCAGGGCCUUUGCUCAGGCUGUUCCCACCCCUUGGAAUAUUCUCCCCUCUCUUUGUAUUCCUGGCUCCUUCUCUUUCAGCUAAGGUCACCUCCUGAAAGAGACCCUUCCAGAUCACUGUCUCCAAAUUACAGCUGGCCUGUUUACUCAUUCAUUCAACAAAUACUUAUGGAGGGCCUACUAUGUGCCAGGCCCUGUUCUAGGCACUGAGAAUACAGCAAUGGAAAAAAAAACCAGACCAGCCCUGCCCUCCUGGGGCUCACAUUCUAGUCAGGAGGGAGACAAUAAAUAGGAAGUGAGUCGGUGCUAAGGAGAGAAUAAAGGCAGAGGAUGGGGACAGGAAAUGUUCAGGAUCGCAUUCUUCACGAAGGUAACAUCUGAGUAAACCCCUUAAAGGAAAUGAGGGAUCUCGGAGGGAAAGGCAUUUCAGGCAGAGGGACCAGCCAGUGCAAAGGCCCUGAGGUAGAAGCAUGCCUGGUGGGGGUGGGGAUGAGCCAGGAGGCCAGUGUGGUGAGAGAGGAAUGAGUGAGGGGGCGACGGAUAGGAAAUGAGCUCAUAGGGGUGUGUCUUGGCUGCGGUGGGGAGAGAGACUAUAGGGCCUCGUGGACUUUCAACUGGAGGGAGAUGGGAGCCCCGAUGGACAGAGGCAGUGUGAGCUGAUUUCUUAGGUGUGCACAGCCUCCCUUCUGGCUGCCUGUGGGGAACAGACUGCCGGGGACAGGGACAGGGACAGGGAGGGCAGUGGGCAGGCUGCUGCCCUAGUCCAGCCCUACCACCGGCCCCGGGCCUGAUCACCACCUCAGCUCUGGGCCGUGGGCUUGGGAAAGGCAGCGAGCGCGCGUGCUCAGCCCUGGGUCCCCGCCGCGCGGAACGCAGCGGCCCGCCUGAAAUCUCCGCUAGGGGACUUCCUGCUCCCCUGUCUUGAGCUUUUGCUGUAUUGAGCCCUGUGCUGGACGCUGCAAGACACCAUGUUAGAAGUUCUGAAACUUCCCCACUUUACAGCCAAGGAGAGUGGGGCUCAGAGGGGCUGCAUCUGGCCAUAGAGGAAGCAGCAGGACGAGGAUCUGACUCCAGCUGCCCGACCUAGAGGGUCUGCAGGGGGCAGAGCCAGCCUGUGGGACCCGCGCCCCACCCCGCGCACCUGCCCAGCAGAGGCGUGCUCUCGCGCACGCGCCUGGGCGCAUUUAAGGCGCGCGCCGCGGGCGCCGCGCUCCGGCGGGAACUGGCGGACGCAGGGCCUGGCUCCCGCCGCCAGCCUGGAGGAUGCUGGUGAGAUGCGGCGCCGGGGGCCUGCUCCCCCUCGGGCCUCCCUCCCGGCACUGACCCCCCCCAGCCCCUCUCCCUUGCAGAGUCCAGCUGCCCCCCUCGACCCACAGCCUCCGAGCACGCCCCGCGCCGACGGCGUCCCCGCAGGCACGAGCGUCUACGCCGUGCGCCCCCCGGGGCCGUGCGCGCCGCCGGGGCUGGAGGAGGCGCUGAGCGCGCUGGGGUUGGAGGGAGAACGCGAGUACGCCGGGGACAUCUUCGCCGAGGUCAUGGUGUGCCGCGCGCUGCCCCGGAGGGCCCUGCCGAGCACCGUGACCGCGGAGAUGCGCGCGCUCGUGGUGGACUGGCUGGUCCAGGUGCACGAGUACCUGGGCCUGGCAGGGGACACGCUCUACCUGGCCGUGCACCUGCUCGACUCCUACCUGCGCGCGGGCCGAGUGCGCCUACACCGCCUGCAGCUGCUGGGCGUGGCCUGCCUCUUCGUGGCGUGCAAGAUGGAAGAGUGCGUGCUUCCCGAGCCCGCCUCCCUCUGCCUCCUGGGCGCCGGCUCCUUCUCCCGGGCGGAGCUUCUGCGCGCCGAGCGCCGCAUCCUGAGCCGCCUGGAUUUCCGGCUGCACCACCCGGGCCCGCUGCUGUGCCUCGGGCUGCUGUCCGCGCUGGCCCGGAGCGGCCCCCAGCUGCCCGGGCAGGUGACGCUCCUUGCCACCUACUUCCUGGAGCUGUCCCUGCUGGAGGCCGAGGCCGCGGGCUGGGAGCCCGCUCGGCGCGCAGCUGCGGCGCUGAGCCUGGCGCACCGCGUGCUGGACGGGGCGGGCUCCGGGCCCGAGCCGGCGCUUUACAGCCCCGCGGAGCUGGGCCCGCUCGAGCCGUGCAUGGCCCGCGCCGCGCUCCGGGGUCCCGCGCCCGGCCGCGCCGCCAUCUUCCUCAAGUACGCGCGGCCCCAGCGCCGGGGCACCAGCCUCGCCGCCGCCCGCCUGCUCCGCCGCCCGCAGCCCGGGCCUCCCUGAGCCCGGGGACCGCAUCGAAGAAGACUCCGUGUGUGUCCGUCUACCGUUUCAAUAAAAGAGUUUUUAUUCCCGGC